CCAAUCGACUAUCCUUCUUCUCUGACUAUUAACUGAAAUGGUUCUCUAAUCACUUAAUUAAACUCGUCUUCGUUUUCUCCUCCCUCUUCUUCUUCACCACCAUCAUCGUUAUCUUUAGUUACAAUCAAAAGUAUGGCGUCCGCACAGUUAACAAUUCGGAAGAUUGUGGGUAUAAUAGGAAAUGCCAUCGCACUAUGUUUGUUUCUAUCACCAACGCCAACUUUUAGAAGGAUCGUGAAAAAGAAGUCAGUUGAGGAAUACUCACCAAUACCGUAUUUAGCGACUCUAAUAAACUGUCUCGUUUGGGUUCUCUAUGGACUCCCUAUGGUGCAUCCGGACAGCACACUGGUCGUUACAAUCAACGGUGCAGGCAUCCUAAUCGAAGUUGUAUUCAUUACCAUCUUUUUCGUUUUCAGUGGCCGCCCAAAACAGAGAUUGGUAAUAGCUGCUGUUUUAGCCGGUGAAACGCUGUUCGUGGCUAUUCUCUCAGUCUUGGUCUUCACUUUACAACACACUACCAGAGAACGUACGAUGAGCGUUGGAAUCGUAUGUUGCGUUUUCAACGUGAUGAUGUAUGCUUCUCCAUUGUCUGUUAUGAAAAUGGUAAUAAGAACGAAAAGCGUGGAGUUCAUGCCGUUUUGGCUGUCGUUAGCUGCGUUUCUAAACGCGGGUGUUUGGACUGUCUAUGCACUCAUGCCUUUGGAUCCAUUCAUAGCUAUUCCAAAUGGAAUUGGAUGUAUAUUUGGGCUGGCCCAAUUAAUAUUGUAUGCUACAUACUACAAAUCCACCAAGAAAAUGAUGGCAGAGAGACAACCGAUGAUAGGUUUAUCCAGUGUGGUCGUUCGUAUUGGAUCGGAGAAAGUUGCGCAACCAUCGGCUUAGCGGCGUUUGAUUUGAUCUACUCAAACUAAACCGUCCGAUUAUCAUGCUUUUAUUUUCAGUCUUUGUUUAAGUAAUUUCGAUGUCCGUUAUUUGGAGAGCAAUGUGCACUUUUAAAAACUAUGGGGUGUGUAAUGUUCCAACUUUAAAGAUUAUGCGGACUCAAAUAAAAAUUAAAAAAUUCGUCUUA